AUGGCUAUGACUUCGACCACCAAGCUCGACUAUAAAGUCGAUUCCGACGUCGUGUCGAUCGACUCCUCGGCCAGCACCCUCUGUCCAACCAUCACCGACGAGUCGUUCACGUCCAGUCGCAAGUUAUACAUUGGUGCAAAGGGUAUCCGGGCAUUACGCCUCCCAAUGCCGGACAGCCAGACAGAGAUCCCCGUCUAUGAUGAAGAUGGCGUCAUCGCUUAUAGUUCCGCACGCUCCAAGCGCUGGUCGGGCAGCUGCGUGCUGUCCAACGUAAAAUGCGGCAAUCUGAUCCACACGGACUACUUCAUCGGCCCGAACAGAGAUCCAAUUCUACGCUUGCUCCAGUCCACCGAUGUGCGGCCGGAAGAGUUGCAGAUCUCUAGCAAAUGGACGUCCCGAAGUACCACGUUCACGAUGCCCAAUGGCACUCGGUUCGAGUGGAGCUAUGCUAAAGAGAAGCGCGAUGGCAAGCAUGUGAACCUGAUCAUCCUGCGAGUGGUGGAUGCCGACAGUCAGGGCAAAGAACCGACAAAUGGCCGGAUGGUGGCGAAGCUGGUGCGUGGACAGGAUACGCGCACCCCGGGAACAUCGCGCAGUCGAGCGGGCAAUGGUGGCGAGCUCCAGAUUGAUGGAAACGCUCUGACUUCCGCCCAGCUGGAGGAAGCCGUGGUCGUCGCAACCUGCCUCGUCAUGAUGAAGCGAGAGAUCGACCGGCGCAGGGCGCUUCAAUUCGCAAUGAUUGCCGGCGGCGGCGGAGGUUAA